AUGAUGCAAAUUCAACCAGAAGAAGAACCAUUAUAUGAAUGGAAGUUCGUAGACAGCUUAGACAAAGCUACAGUUACGUUUACACUACCAAAUGGACUCGAAGUUUUUGAUAUUCACUUUACUGAAUAUAAUGAUAAGCAAUCGAUUCUUGUUGAGACGCAAUUUAAGAUUCCAUAUUUAUGUGGAAUGCUUCCGUCAACCUAUUCAUCAAUAGAUGCUCAAAUGAUUGAUAAUAAUUACAUUGUAACCAUUAACAAAUCAGAAAAGAAAGAAUGGCCGAGAUUAAUUAUAGCAAAAAACAAGUAUAUAUUCUCAAUUGAUCCAAAAUCAGCACUAUUACUCUAUAAAGAUACUCUUACAAACAAAAAUAGUAAUUAUUCUGCUGCGAUGGAGAUGCUGGAGUUCUCAGCAUUCAGUUUUUUCCUUCCAGCAGUGCGUGAGUGUGCUCUUGUUUAUCUUAAAAAUCGCGAAACUCAAAACAGCGCGUUCCAACUUUUACAAAUUGGCACUGAUAAGUACCAAGAUCCUUCAUGCGCAUAUCAGCUUGGUCUUAUUUUAUCAACUGUACAGAAUAUGAAGAAGAAAGCAUUUGGAUAUAUGAAAUUUGCCGCAGAAAAAGGUAUUUCUGAUGCAAUGGCUGCUCUUGGAGAGUUUUAUUCAUCACUCUCUAACUUAGAAUACUCAGAAAAAGAUGCCCAACAAGCUUUAAUAUGGUUAAAUAAAGCAAAUGAAACUCAAGAUAACUGGGUUGCUUGUCAUGAGCUUGCAAAGUUAUAUCUUUCAGGUACUGGCAUUGAAAAGAAUAUAGAGAAAGCCAAGAACUUUCAACUUCGUGCAAGAGUUAUAAAUCCUAAAUGUCCUGAACUUUCUUUUGACGAAACCUCUGAAGAAAGUAGCGAUGCCAAACCUGCAUCUCAGAUCUUAUUUGGUUCAGCGGCUCUUGCAGCAAUUGCAGGUUUUGGAUUUGUAGUUUACCGCUCACUCCGAAGGAAGUGA